UGAAAAAUCAAAACCAAAAUUCUUUGGCAUACUAACAUCAAACCACCACAACAACAAAAUCAUGCCCAUUCUCUCUCGCCUCUCUUUAUAUAAACAACACCCCUAAAAAGUAUUCACAAUCCAUUCUCAACUUCUAAAUCACCCUUUACUCUCUCUCUCUGUUCUCUUCUUUUUCUGCUCUCUCCAGCUUAUUCCCUGAUGGGGGCUCACGAGAAGCGGCGUCGUUUCGAGCCAAUAUCAAGUUACGAGAUUAAGGACCGGUCGAACCAAACCGUUGCCGCUGAUCUUGACGGGACCUUACUAAUCUCUCGUAGUGCAUUUCCUUAUUAUUUUCUCGUGGCCCUCGAAGCAGGGAGCUUACUCCGAGCCUUGAUCUUACUCGCAUCCGUACCGUUUGUUUACCUCAUGUACCUCUCAAUUUCCGAGACUCUAGCCAUCAACGUUUUCAUCUUUAUCACCUUCGCGGGUCUCAAGAUCCGAGACGUCGAGCUCGUGGUCCGUUCCGUACUUCCAAGGUUCUACGCCGAGGAUGUGAGGCCAGACUCGUGGAGUAUCUUCAACACGUUCGGGAAACGUUACAUAGUAACAGCGAGUCCACGGAUCAUGGUCGAACCGUUCGCGAAGACAUUCCUAGGUGUCGAUAAAGUUCUUGGAACAGAACUCGAGGUUUCCAAAUCCGGUCGGGCAACCGGUUUUGUCAGAAGACCCGGUGUUCUUGUCGGUCAACACAAACGCGAUGCCGUUUUGAGAGAGUUCGGUGGCGUUGCGUCUAGUUUACCUGAUUUGGGGCUUGGCGAUAGUAAGACAGACCACGAUUUCAUGACAAUUUGCAAGGAGGGUUACAUGGUGCCACGUACAAAAUGCGAACCAUUACCAAGAAACAAACUCUUAAGCACCAUAAUAUUCCACGAGGGCAGAUUAGUCCAACGUCCAACGCCAUUAGUUUCUCUGUUAACUCUCCUUUGGCUUCCCAUCGGUUUUCUAGUCUCUCUUAUCCGUGUCUACACGAAUAUUCCACUACCCGAACGCAUUGCACGUUAUAACUACAAGCUCACAGGGAUCAAACUAGUCGUCAACGGCCACCCUCCUCCGCCGCCUAAGCCUGGCCAACCAGGCCACCUAUUGGUAUGCAACCACCGGACUGUACUCGACCCUGUGGUGACAGCUGUGGUGCUCGGUCGGAAAAUCAGCUGCGUAACCUACAGUAUCAGUAAAUUCUCUGAGCUAAUCUCUCCAAUCAAAACCGUUGCGUUGACUCGUCAGCGCGAUAAAGACGCAGCGAACAUCAAGCGUCUCUUGGAGGAAGGCGAUCUUGUGAUAUGUCCCGAGGGAACCACGUGCCGUGAGCCUUUCCUGCUUCGGUUUAGCGCCAUGUUCGCCGAGCUCACGGACCGGAUCGUCCCUGUGGCUAUCAACACCAAACAAAGCAUGUUUAAUGGUACAACCACACGUGGCUACAAGCUUCUUGAUCCUUACUUCGCGUUUAUGAAUCCCAUUCCCACGUUCGAGAUCACUUUCCUUAAGCAGCUGCCGGCUGAGCUGACAUGUAAAGGAGGCAAGUCGCCGAUAGAGGUGGCGAAUUACAUACAGAGGGUUUUGGCAGGAACCUUAGGGUUUGAGUGCACAAAUUUCACAAGAAAGGAUAAGUACGCAAUGCUAGCUGGCACUGACGGUAGGGUUCCAAUGAAGAAGGAGAAGAUAUAAUUAUUGAUUGGAUAAAAGAGAAGAUGAAGAAAUAAUACAAAGAUUUGAAUAUUUUUCUUUUGGCUGGUGGUUAGCUAUUACUACUUAAAGGGAAAAGGAUAAAGUUUGUUUCUUUUGUCUUCUAUGUUUCCAAGAUAUUUUCUUCGCAAGUUUCUCUUUGUAAUAUUUCCAAGUUUUACUUUAGUACAAUAAGGAUUUAAAAGAAAAACAAUGCUUGGUCCA